AUGCCAAAGGAGGUGAUAAUUCCGAAGGAGGCCAUUGGUACUGAUACUCUAAAUGCGACGACACCUAGUCCAAUGGGAAGUGAAGAGAAAGUUCCACUUAAAGAAAUUCCAAAACAGCAGACACCAAGCCACGUUGAAAUUCCGGACAAGGAGCUUUCAGGAGAAACUAAAAAACGAAUGUCAAAGGAGUAUACUAGUGCAAAGGAGGCAAUCGUUACUGACACUGUAAAAGAGAAGACACCUACUCAAAUGGAAAUUGAAGUAAAAGGUCCACUGAAGGAAAUGUCGAAACGGCAGACACCAUACCCUAACGAAGCGAUGGACUUUGAGCUUUCAGCCAAGAAAAAAAAGAAAUUCAAAUGGAAGCUAUAA